AUGGGGACGGGGUUAUUGAUGCCCUUAGCUUUCGACCCCUCAUUACAUAGGUUAAUGCAAUUGGGAUAUCCUAUUCCACUGAGAGGGCAACUGCAUGGGAAUGAAGUGAGCAAGUAUUUGGAAAAUGCAUUGGUGUUUGUGGAUAUUGGAGCAAAUGACUACCUCAACAACUACUUUAAAACUGAACACUACCUAAGCAGUCAUAUCUACAAUCUUGAGCAAUUUGCUGAUCUCCUUAUAAACCUCUAUAGACAACAUAUAUUGGAAAUCCAAGGUUUAGGGCUGAGGAAGUUCUUGAUAUUAGAAGCAUCACCUAUUGGUUGCAUCCCUAUAAGAAGUCACAAUUUGAAGUGUAACGCAACAUUAAACCACACGGUGGAAAUGUUCAACACGCGGCUGAAAUCUAUUGUGCACGACCUCAGUUCAAACUACCCUGGAUCUGCAUUUACUUACGCCCCAUCGAUUCAACUGUUUAACAGCUUGUUCAACAAUGCUGAGGCCUACGGGUUCAAGGUGAAGGACAAAGCUUGUUGUGGGGGCAGUGAUGAUUCAAAUGGAACAGGGCCAAGGUGGUUUGCAAAUACAGUACCAUGUCGGAAUAGAAAUGAGUACUUGUUCUGGGAUGGUGCUCAUCCUACUGAGGCUGCCCAACGAAUUCUUGCUGCCCUCAUUCACAACACUACUUCCUUUUAG